AACGUUGGAUUCACAGCCUGUAACCGUUAGGAAGAAGCUCAGCCUGUCCGUCCCAUUACCCGUUACCAAAAUGUCCGUCUUUCAAACGAGAUAAAAUCGCCCAAAAUACGUGUAUACGUCUCAAAUAUUCUCCUCGUCGUCUAACGUCUAACGGAGCGGUGAACCGACUUUACCGGGGGGGAAGGUUGACGGUGUAACACCACACCUGAGAAGACGACGCCGCUCGCAUCUUUUCACAGUGAAUUUCUUUUAGCUCCAGUCUUCGUCGACUACUUUUUAUUUUAAACCACUUAAAUGAGUUGCAGAGGAGACAGUGAUGAUGACAGCUGCGGUAAACGGAAGGUCGCGUAUGUUUACAGCCCGGAAUACAUCGAGACUUGCGACAGUUUAUCCAAAGUGCCAAACCGAGCGAGUAUGGUCCACUCACUGAUAGAAGCCUAUGGACUCCUUAAACACAUGAGCACCGUUAAACCUCAAGUGGCAACCAUAGAGGACAUGGCCAAGUUCCACACAGACUCUUACCUGGAGCAUCUUCACAAGAUCAGCCAGGAUGGAGACAACGAUGACCCCCAGUCAGUCGACUACGGCCUGGGUUAUGACUGUCCAGUGGUGGAGGGGAUAUAUGACUAUGCAGCAGCAGUAGGGGGCGCUACACUGACAGCAGCCCAGUGUCUGCUGGACAAAAAGUGUGAAGUGGCCAUCAACUGGGCCGGAGGGUGGCACCAUGCCAAGAAGGAUGAGGCGUCAGGUUUCUGUUAUGUGAACGAUGCUGUGUUGGGAAUCCUCAAACUGAGGGAGAAGUACGAGAGGGUCCUCUAUGUGGACGUUGACCUGCAUCACGGAGAUGGUGUGGAAGAUGCCUUCAGCUUCACAUCCAAAGUCAUGACCGUCUCCCUGCACAAGUUCUCUCCUGGAUUCUUCCCAGGUACGGGUGACCUGUGUGACACAGGGCUGGGUAAAGGCCGUUGGUACGCCGUGAACGUCCCCCUGGAGGACGGCAUCAAGGAUGACAGAUACUACCAGAUUUUUACCAGAGUAAUGCAGGAAGUGCGUGCACAGUUUAACCCGGAGGCGUUGGUCAUGCAGCUAGGUGCCGACACCAUGGCGGGCGACCCCAUGUGCUCCUUUAACAUGACCCCGUUGGGGGUGGGAAAGUGUCUGCAGCAUGUCUUGGAGUGGCAGCUACCUACACUGCUGCUGGGUGGAGGAGGUUAUAACCUGGCUAAUACGGCUCGCUGUUGGACCUACCUGACGGCAGCGGUGCUGGGAAAGACUCUCUCCUCUGAGAUACCAGACCACGAGUUUUUUACAGAGUACGGACCGGACUACUCGCUGGAGAUAAGCCCAAGCUGUCGACCAGACCGCAACGACGCCAAACACCUGGACCAGGUCAUCACCACCAUCAAAGGGAAUUUAAAGAAUGUGGUUUAGGAGUCGGCAGUUCAGCCUUCUUCCACGCACACGCACACACACACACACCAUGUUUCCAAACCAGGUCGAUGCUCGGCGGCUUUAAUGAAGACAAUAUGGAGCGGACCCCUUCGGCCCCGAGGAACGAAGCCAUCGAGGGAGGGAUGAAUGCAGGAAAAAGAGCGAGAGAGGGUUUUGGAAAACAUUAGCUGAGUGUUUCCAGGGGAAAACGGUUAAAUAAGGGGGGGGGUGGGAGGGGGGGGGGGGAUGUGGUUGCUGUACAGUGUUCACUGUUAAUCCCUUUUUUUUCUUUUUUGGAAGAGUUAUGUGUUUGUGUGAAUGAGAGAGUUGGUGCUGAGUUCACUGUGGGUAUGUAAAACUGAAUUACAACAGGGUUUGGUUUUUUUUGCAGUCAGUGCACCCAGUUAUUAUUUUUUUUAGUAUCUGUGGAUGCGUAUGUGCAUCCCAUCAGGCCAAACUGAACGGAAAAACAGAUUUUCUCAGGUGUCCGGUUUCACGUUCACCCCGGUGCUGCUGUGAUUUCAGCCCCCUGAGGACGGGUAAGCACUAAAACAGACAACAAAACAAAACAGUGAGGUUCCCAAAAUGCUUUGUUUACUUCUAUAGCAGAAAGUAGUAUGGUUCCGUGUUAUUCUCAGCUGUAGCAUCACAUGUCCUCAUUAACAGUUAAUCACUAAAAACGUUGACCAAAAUCUGGGGAAUCUGUGGGGAAAGUGGAACUCUGCAAUAUCAAUGGCUGAAAUACAUAAAUAAACAGUGAUAUUCACUCCUAUUGGCUUUAAAUGUAGCUAGAAUGUCCCCAAGUACUCUGCAACGUCUGGAAAUGUGUCGUUUGUAGUUUUGUUGUAAAUGCAAAGUUCUCUCUGUAGGUUGGUACAAUGCCUAAACAAAGUCUAAAAAUAGCAGCAAAGUGCAUCUGAUUGUUUCCAUGUCUGUACAAGUUUGGAAAGCAGAACCAUCUUGUUUAAUCCCCCCAGCUGCAGUGUUUGGGAUGUAGUCACAUGACACAGCUGCACAUCAGACGGAACAGUGAGCAGGAUCAGCCAGUGGCCUUUGUGACUCUGAGGUUCAUGUGGGAUUUUGACACAAGUGGGGAAACAAGUGAAUUGUUAGCAGCAUCCCAGGAAUGUUUUUUAGAGUUUUGCAUUGUACUAAUAAUCAGAUUUCAUCUGUCACUUCCAGUGUUGGGGGCCAAGUUGCUUUUUAAAAAGUUCACUUUUGACCAUGGAAAUAGCAGUUCAACUCAAGGUCCACUUGCUUUUUUUACUCCAUCUUCCAUACUUCUUCAAACUUUCCUCGCUCCAGAAAACAAUAGAAGGUGGACCUUAUGUAAAGAUAUUUCUUUGUUUCUUUUUUUCUUCUUCCAGUUUUCACAAUAAUGGAAAAAGAAAAGGGAAACCCUGCCAUGUCGUCCACUGUAAGAGGCUGCUGAUUUAAAGGAAAACACAUUUUUAAUUUUAGUAACUUAAGUAAAUAUAACAUUUUUAACAGUUGUUUCCUCCACGGUUUUUACUUAUCAAGUUACAUAUGUGACCACACUUUGGAUUGAAAAGUAAACUGGUUUUCCUUUUAUGUGUCUUUGUUUUUUACCGAAAGAUUUUUUUUUUUUUUUUUUUUUUUAAAUGUUGGCAUGUCUUGAUGUACAUACCACGGGCGUUUGUCGAAAUAAAAGACAGGAGAG